AUGGAAGCGGCGUGUUUUCCCAGCUCAGAGGGAAUAGCUAGUUCCAAAUCUGAUGCUCAGGUUGACCCGAGGACCACUCCCUCCGGGACUAGCAAGAAAAAACAGUGUAAACUUCCCAGUCCCACGGAGGCUGAGGAUUGUGGCCCCAGCCCUAAGACAGCAUGUCCUCACAGACCGAGUCCUGAAGUUGGGAAGGCUUCUGCUUCAUUUAACGUUUCCUUGGGGCAGCUCCCUAGCCCACGAGCCUCACGUCCGUCCUUGAGCCGCCGCAGUGUGAAACAGGACGCUAAUCGCCGGAGGUCUCUGCCGCCUCUACACUCAGAUAUCACUGAACUGAGUAGAGCCAUCAGCCUGGACUUGCCAGAAAAGGACCGGAUGGCACAACUUCUCCUUUCCAGUUUUCGGUACGCUGCCCAGAAGUUUAAGGAUUCCUUAAAACACACUGAAGGGUUUAAUCCCGAAACCUUUGAACGGAAAGUGCAUGAGAUUUCAGAAGAGCUGAGGUUCUGUACUAAGAGGCUGGACCUAGAUGGAACUCUUCAGAAAUGCUUUGAAGAACCCAAAGGCGAUUCAUCAGAUCCUGCUUUAAACGCAGCACUGACUACCUUGAAGGAGAAUAUCGCCAGGCUCUCUGAAGAGAAUCAAGCCUGGGAUCAAUUGCUUUGGUCUUACCAAGGGAGCGCCGAGGAAAUAUCAAGCCAACUACAGCAGUGCAAGCUGAGGCUGGCGCCGGAGGAGCCUGUCAGCUAUCUUGGAACGUCGCAGGCCCACGUGCUCCAAGCCAAGCCGGACUACCAGGAAAUACUGGACUCUCAAGGAGAACUCUUUGACUCCAUGGAACUAGCGCUGGAUGAAAUCCACCAGGCUGUAAAUGUGUUGCAAACCUUCAUGGAAGACAAUAUGCAGCAUCUCCAGAAGUUAUCAGAGCAACUUGGAUCGAAGACUUUCCAGGGAUUGGAAAACUCUCCAGCUCGGAAACUGCUCAUGCUUCCCCAGGCACAGCCAUCUGCACCUUCAGCUUCCGGAUGGAAAAGACGGCGCUUCCCGAGACGGCAGGGCGAGGUGGCGCGGCGAGCCAGUGUCUCAGAGGAGGCGACCAAUCGGACGGCAGCCAUUGUCGACGUCACAGGCGGCGGUCCGCCUGGCCGGCCCAUACGGAGGCGGGGCGUAAAGUCUCGGGGACCCGCCCUCUCCUUCCCGACGUCUCCCUCAGCGGAGCAGCCGGUGGCGACGGUUGGCGAGUAA